UAACGUGUAUGGGACCAUGGUACAAGACAGCCCGCGUAUGCAAUAUUCGCCGUAUAUAGGCAUUCCGCAUCAAUCUAACAUGCAGCCACAGAAUAUAGGUAGAGCAGUGUCCAGCAUUGAUCCUAGAUACCUUUCUGCAUAUGAGACUCCAACAGUGACUUACGGUCAACAGAAUAUGCCUAGGGAGAAUUCAGCAUUUACAGAUUACCAAAGCCGCGUUUUUGUUGGUCCAGACCGAGUAGAAAAUAAGCAUUAUCCACAACAUCCGUAUGGUAUGCAAUCUGCACCGAUAAAACCACCUGCCCCAGAAAGAACUAUGAUGAAGAAUCCAAUUGAAAAUCAGCCAAAACAGAAUAUGAGAAAUGUCGCGAACAUAAAGCAAGAAGUUGAUUUAUCGAACGAGGAAGGGAGAGUUAAAACUAGAUCAGACAAACUAAAAGAAUUACACAAAAUUGGCACGAAGGUAUUUUCCGGGCCAGUAGAGAAGAUCCUCAAAUGGAAUAGGGCUGUUCAAGAAAUUGGAGCCGCGGUAUUAUUCGAGAUCGUCGGUAAAUGCGUAUCCAUACGUCCUGAACAUCCGUCGUCCAAAGCCCUUGUAGUACGGGAUGAGAACGGCCCAGCCAUGCAGGUUGUUUACCACGAGAUUGACUUCCUGCUACCAGAGCUGACUGUGCCUUGUAUGGUCAGGGUAAUAGGUCGUAUGAAGCCCGGUACAUGCAGGCUACAAGCGUUCAGCGUGCGCGCGGCUAGCGGCGACGACAUAGCGACACUGCCGCGCCGCGCUGCGGUCGCCGCGCAUCAUGUAGCCAAACUGUGCAAGGACUUUAGACAAAAUUAGACUGAACUUCCU